CUUGACGUCACGGCAGCCUUCAGGGACCGUGAAGAUGGCGUCGUCAGGGUCAGUGGUUCUCCGCAGCAUCCCUGCGGUCUACGCCGUGCUCCUCGCCCUGUCGGCCUCGCUGCACCCGGGCGGCUGCAGCGAGCAGGUCCCGCUGAUCAUGUGGAGCAGUGAGGGAAUCUUCUGGCCUCAGGCGUCUCCUCCCACUGCAGGCCACAUUGUGGGGCAGCAGCAGCUGACUUCCUAUCUGCAGAAGGCUCUGGACGUGGGUCCACGAAAUGUGGUGCUGUUCCUUCAAGACAAGAUGAGCAUGGAAGACUUCACCAAAUAUGGAGGAGUUUUUGGAAACAAGCAGGACAGCGUUUUCCCAAGUCUGGAGGGGGCUCUGAGGGCCGCCGUGUCCCCUCUGGUGUUGCCGGCUGUGUCUUGGCCUGCUUCUAAUGCAGUCAUCAGUCAGCUGCAGGAUCAGUUGGAGACCUCUGCUCUGUACAUGGACCCCGAGACCCUGAGCCAGCUAAGGCUCAACGCCUCCUCUCCUGCUCUGCUAGUGUUUCGCCUGCCCUACAGCGCCGGUGCGGAUUUGAUGUCAACUAAGGACAUUCUCAGUGAAAACGAUGCAGUGAUGGGUCAGGUGCUGAACAUCAUGAAAACCCAGUCUGUCCCAUACACAGCUCUGUACACCGGCCUGCAGCCCUCCAGGGAGGUGGUGUCUUUCUCCGUGGAGGCGGGGCCGGGGGGAGGACGCUCUCUGCUCCAGGCCAGGGGCGGCUACAGGGAGAGGGAGAGACAAAGCCGGAUCAGGGAAAGAGCUGGAGUCUACCGUCCUGUGGAGUUCAAGGAAGAGGAGAAGACCUGCAUCCUGCUAUGGGCCAAAGGCCUUUCGGUGAGCAUCCUUCGAGGUGGACGCUGGGAGGAGCACGACCUGACUCCAUCCACCUUUGGUGAAGGUGCAAAUGUUCCAAUCAAUGGCUCCAGCUGUGACAAAAACAAAGCAAGGCUGGUCCUAAACUAUAAGGGGGUCCUUGGCCACCGUAACUUUAAGCUUAUCUUUGCUAUGAGCCAGCGCCACUACAAGGUGUCUUCCCGCCGCUGGUUUACUCUCGACUCUGUGGAGCUGGAGUACGAUGGGACCAAAGCGACGUUCAACGGAAGCCGUGAAAUUUAUGCUCCUGCUGAGUAUUCCUUCCGCUGUCAGUCUGUCACCAGCGACCGUUGGCCCCUGCUCGUCCCACGAUCUGCCAAAGACCCGGCCAAUCAGUGGAAAGUCUCUUUUGAGGACUUUCAGAUACAGGGCUUUAACCUGAGCGGCAGUGAGUUCUCGUAUGCCAGCGACUGUGCAGGCUUCUUCUCCGCUGGUAUCUGGAUGGGUCUGAUGACCAGUCUUCUCAUGGUGCUGGUGCUGACCUACGGCCUGCACAUGAUCAUGCAGCUGAACACCAUGGACCGCUUCGAUGAUCCCAAGGGACCGGCCAUUUCUGUGCCGCAGACAGAGUAGCACACGUUUGGGCUGGGCUUCCUCCAUCGUUCUUCCUAAGAAGCCCCCCCCCCCCCCCCCCCCCCCACAUUCCUCACCCCCCCUGAUGUACUUGAUGUGAAACAUAUUUAUUAGUGGUGGUUUUUGAGUUUACAAUGUACACACUGUAUGUGCAGUUAAAGUAUGACAGACUUGUUUUGAGAUGGUUCCAGGUUUUCUGCUAAAUUAUUUUUAUUUUAGGCAAUAUUUGGUCUCUGGAAGGACUUGAUUUACUGACGACAUGCAUAGACCACGGGAAUAGUCCUCCUCAUAGUCAUUUCAUCCGUGUAUAAAGCAAGAAAGGGAAAUAUACUGGGUAGACCGUAAUUUAUAUGAAACAGAGGUUAUUUAUUGUUGAAUGUGAUGUCAUUUGUCUGAGUUAGUGUUUCCAGUGUGAAUUUGAUACAGAGCUGUGAAAAAAGGAAUGCACUUUCACCUUCAUCGAGCUUCAUUAUUGUUUUAUUGUUGCUGUGAGUUCAAUAAACCAUUUGUGAGAUGAA